GGGGCGGCCAGUAACAGUCAUUUGUCGGUUGUACUUUGCAGUGUCCGUACGGUCUGUCACUUCCUCUGAGCGCGCUGCUGCUGGGGAGGUGUGAGAGACGCGGACCCAGACAGCUCUCCUCCCCGGCCGCCAGCCACAGAGACCGGCAGCGGCCUGUGCCAUCCCCGGGCUGUCCUGAGAGAGGAGGCCGCCUGCAGUGAGCCCCGGAGAGGAUGUGCGCGCUGCGCUAGGUCCCGUGUGUGAGCGGGUCUCUCUCCGUGUCAGUGUCCGGGAGGGAAGGGGGAAUCCCCGGCCUGUCCGCCCCAGCCUCCCCCCGCGGGGGAUCGCCCCCCUGCACCAUGUCCAAGAUGCCGGCCAAGAAGAAGAGCUGCUUCCAGAUCACCAGCGUCACCACGGCCCAGGCCGCCAACAGCCUGGCGGAGGACACGGAGAGCCUGGAGGACCCGGACGAGUCGCGGACGGAGGAUGUGUCCUCGGAGAUCUUCGACGUGUCUCGGGCCACGGACUACGGGGGGCCUGAGGACGUGGUGGAGCGGAGCUCGUCCGAGGAGACCCUGAGCAACGUGGGGGAGGCCGACACCCCCGGCACCAUGUCACCCAACCUGCCCCAGGAGCCGGGCCCCGUGACGGCAGCCAGGGGCGGCAUGCCCAGCACCCCCGGGGGCCAUGCCCACAUCGGCCAUGUGCUGCCCGCCGCGCCCAGCGCGCCCACCGCGGGGGCCCCGGCCAACUCUCCGUCCACCGCCAGCGGCACGGCCACCUGCAGCUCCCGCUUCAGGGUGAUCAAGCUGGACCACGGCUCCGGGGAGCCCUACCGCAGGGGGCGGUGGACCUGCACGGACUACUACGACCGGGACUCGGACAGCUCCAUCCUCUCCAGGGCUGGGGACUCCAUCCGGCACGGCAGCACCUUCGAGCACCCGGCUGCUGACAGGGACAGUGGGCUGGGGGCCACGGGGGGCUCGGUGGUGGCCUCUGCCCUGCACAUGGCUCAUGGUCCCGAGUCCCUGGCUGACAGCUCGCUUACUGCUGUGUCACAGCUACUGCACACCGACAAGGUGAACCAGCCCUCCCCGCAGCAGCAUUUCAUCAUUGGGCAGCAAAGCAUAGGCGGAGCGGUGUCUCAGGGGGGUGCUCAGCCCAUGUAUCCUUCGCCUGCUGCACUCACCAGUCAGCACAUGUUGGGCCAGCAGACCCCAUCCCAUGGAACUGCACCCAGCAUUGGACAUAAUGGGAAAGGCACAGCAGCUCAGAAUGUAACCCUUGUCCACCCCCCAGUGUCUAAUACACAACAGCAGACUAGUGCUUCUGUGAGUCAGGCACAACCUUUUGCAUACCCCCAGGCCCAAGUCCAAUCUGGACUUAUGUCCACCCAGGCCUCUGGCCAGACAGAGUAUGUGCAACAUAUAACAGUUAUACAAUCACAAGGAACAACUCAAAAAGCCACCACGACCUCGGUUACUACAAGUACUGGGGCUCCAUCUAGUCUUCCAGGACAGCAGCAGCACCUUCAAGCAGGUGGAGCACAACUUAUGGGUCUUCUUUCCAAACCCAGUGACUCACUGAGCCAAGGGUUAGGGCUCCUACAAAGUGGACAAACCCCACCGAGCCAUCCUGUCCAUAUACAGCAACAAGGAGGUGUGGCACAGUCAAAUAUGGCAUCCUUUGGAGUCAUGCAACAGAAAACUAUAACUCCACAAGUGAGUGGGGUUAGUCAUGUUUCAGGUAUUCCAGGUGGACACAGUGUCUUGCCUUCUGGAAUGCAGAAUGUGUCUGUGGCGGCACCUGGUACAGGUGUCAGUAGUGUACCCAGUGUGUCUGCCACUCCUGUUACUAUGCCAACUGCUCCAACUACUAUUGUACAGUCUCAGAUAAGCAGCCAUACGUCUGUCAGGAGUAAUAGCCUAGUCACAGCUGUUGGUCUUCCAACAAUGCAAGGCACAGCAAAUGUGCACAAUAGUCUGCCACAGUCGAACAUUAAUCCAUUUCAGUCACAGCCAUUGACUGGUCAAAUUGAUGAUAGAAGAAAAUCGGAACCCCUACCUCAGCCGCCAAUAUCCCUAAUUUCUGAGAAGUCUUUUGUGAAGGUUCCUAUCACAGACAGUCUAACAAACCCACUCCAUUUACCUGUAUUUGGCUUACCUAUUCCGGUUGAUGGUGAUGAUGACAGGUAUGAUGAAUUUACCAUGUGUCAGUGCUAUAAAUGCAUUUCUUUUCCAGGAACUUACAUUAUAGCUUGUACACUGAAUGACAUACUUGAAUAUGAGGUUCUUAAAUGUGCUGAAAGGCAGGAGAAAUGGUUGUUCUCUUCUGCUUUAUAAAUUCAGUUACUCAGUGAACUCCUUUAGUCUAUAGUGGAUUUAUGUAUAAUAUGCAACAUCUGCCAAGCUUGUGGCCUAUGUUAUUUUUGUUUUACAUUACACCUGUGUUCAUGGCCAGUAUUCUUAAAAACCUUGUGCCAACAUGAUCUGAAAAGAUGUUUUAAUUUAAUGGUUUUUUUUUUUUUUUACACGUCAGAUGUAUGUAGGGGUUACACAUUUAGUUAGAUUGUAGAUGAAGUGCAAAUGCAGUGACGUGCAUAAAAGUGAUUAUUCUGCUAACUUGUGUAAUGCAUAUGGUUUUAGAAGCCAUUGGUAAAAUGGGGGUGUAUAAGUGAUAGGGUGAUUCCUCUUAUACCCAUCUUCAUAUUGGGUCAGAACUCAAAUAAAAGUAUUUAGUGCAGAUCAAUAUUGCGUAAGGGCAUUCUUAACACUUCAUGUUUUUAUUUUAUUUUUUUUAGUAUGCCUAAGCUUUACUUGAAGUAGAAACUAAAGAACCUUUUUAUAAAGCUUAACUAUUUACUGUCUGGCAAUACUGCAAAAUAUCUACAGGAAGCGGAGGAACAAGCUAUAUGGCUCAUAAUGUUUCAAAAUGUUUAUGGUAUACUAUUCAUAAAUAAAACUGCAAGUAAUUAUGGAUAUACUGUGUUGUUUAUCAUAUUAUGGAAUGUCAGGCAUUUGACCUAGUAAUGAUCUUUGGUAUCGACUAGUGCAUGUGAGUGGCUUGUCAUUCAGAAAGUUUUACAAGAGAGAUUUUGUAAUUCUGUGAUUAGGCCUGUGGCAUAACUGAGUAACAAUAUCUCUUCCUUAAAGGAACACUAUAGUGGCAGGAAAACGAACAUGUAUUCCUGACACUAGUGCUCUAAUGCAGCAUUUGGUCCUUGGCCCCACUCUCUAUGGGGAUUACAGGUGAUUUUUACUGUGCAGCAUUGACACAGGAAGCACCUCUAGUGGCUAUCUGAAUGAAGUCCACUAGAAAUGUAACAAGUCAGCGAUAUGAACACUGCCUUCUCUAGUGCCAAGGCUGCAGGAACAUGCUAUAGACACCAGAACCACUAUAUUAAGCUGUAAUGGUUCUGCGGUCCCUUUAAGAUCCUAAACCUUUUUAAGCACAUUGCUAAAGUUCAUGAAAGUCAAUCAACAUGACUGACUCACCUGUGUGUAACGGAAAAUAAGUUGGGUGUCUCCUUUUGAUAUGCAUAUACAUAUGUAAACCAGCUAAAAUAAGGUCACUGAAAAUAGCUUCCUUUUCUAGGUGACAAUUCGUGCCGGAUCUGCUUUGACUAUCAUCAUGUUUCUUUUUUUUUUAUUUUUUACUUUGAAUUUUGAAAGCAUUAAUAAGUAUUUAAAUUAUUCAUUACUCUGUGCAUGUGACUUUUGAGGUCUGUUAGAAAGAUGUCUGCUUUCUAUAGCAUUGGAAUGAUGAAUGUAGUUAAUCUAUGUCCAGUGGCCAUUGAGAUUGUUGAUGGCGGAGUACAGAUAUUUUUCACAUGAUGCACAGUAGAUGUCUAUGGUUUCUUAUUGCGCAUGUGCUAGUUCUAUGGAGGGACUUGCUGUUAAUACAUACAGCCCAGUUUUGAAUUUGCGCAUGCAUGUGUAUAGCAGUGAUGGGACAUAAUCUAAGUUGUAACUGGCUGUGCAGAAUGUCGGGUAAGUAUAGCUCCCUUUCCAUCUGAAGCCACUGUGCAGUCAGUCAUGUCACCUUGUGCGGGGGGACUGCUUUCUCUGCAAAAGCAAAAUAUGGCAAAUCACCCCCCACAAAAAACAGAAUUGCAUGAAGUAAGAUUACAUUUAUUAAUAUACAUUAACAAACAUCUUUUUAAGGCCUAUUUGAAGUCAUGUUAAAUAGUCAUCAAAGUUGGCCAGAUAAUUGAAACGUUGCAAAUGGUUUGUUUAUAGCUCUGGUUUCACAACAUUCUGCAGCGUUAAAGCAUUUUUUUUUUUUUUUCUUAUAUCCCUGUAGCUUUAUGAUUAAGCUCGUCUUAUUGCCAUUUGCCUAUAUUCAUAUUUAUUUUAUUCCUUGUGUUGGGUGUCAGUAUUUGGGCACAACUAUUUUGUUCUCCUUUGUCAUGAUGCCUGCUGUUUUGCUCUCUUGUGGGAUUCAUUUUACUGAUGAUUUGUGGGUAAACUUUAUUGGCAUUAAAAAAAAAAAAAAAAGCAUUGGAUUGGCUAAAAUCUGCACAGGGGCAGGGCUAAGUGCUGUUUUGGCCAAUCAGGAUCUCCUCAUAGAGAUUUGAAGCAAUGCAUCUCUAUGAGGAAAAUUCAGCGUCUCCAUGCAGAGCGCGGGGACGCUGAACGUCAGUUCUUCCUUUUUGGCAGCACUGACCCAGGAAGCACCUCCAGUGGCCAUCUACGGAGUGGUCAUUUGGAGGUGUCCCUUUUCACAGAAAAGGCAGUGUUUUACAUGGGGGGGGAAAAAAUCCUGAAGGGAACUAUUAUACUCACCAGAACAACUACAUUAGUGUGUGUAUGUAUUGGCUAUGUGUAAUGUGCAUGCUGGCUGUAUGUAAUACCUGUAAAUGUGCUAGUCGUAGAGAUGUUGGCCGCACACGUAGCUGUUGGUUGUAUAUGUGGACUUGGCUGUGUUUAAUGCACACACAACAGCUAAAAUGAUUCCCAUCAUUCAGCGAGUCAAAAGUGCAUGCUGGCAAUACUGGUGUGCGCUCAGAUUAUCUAGAGAGCAACUGACAGCGAGAAGGCGAUUUACUAAGGUCUGCACAUGCUGAAGGUAGAGACAACACUUUAACAGCCAUGGCACAAACACCUCCAAGGCAGCCUUGCAGUUUGUCUGUGGCAUUUUUUUUUAAUUUAAUUUUUUUUAAAUUGUGACCGACCGGGACUGCAUGUCCCUGGUGUCAGGCAACCUAAAAAUGUACUUACACAUUUUCUAGUGAUCCACAAUGAAAGCAGUAAGUAACUUUCUUAAAUGUGUUGAUUCAUUACCCGUUAUUCUCUCUAGUUGGAGCUUUGUCAUUUGUGUCACUGGUGAAAUCUAGUAAGUAUUAUGAUCUUAUAUCCUAGGAAAUUGUAGAUUUGAAUGUUAGAUAAUUGGCUGUUUUUUAUUUUUUUAUUUUAGCAGUUAAAAACUAGGGUUUUAAAAUAUGCCAGUGAUAAUACCAAGGUGGCUUAUUAAAUACUCACCUGUUCAGAAGACUUGUUUCAAUUGACCUGAUGUGCAUUCUUCUUUUCUCCUGUUACACACACUUAUAUAUUUGAGAGCUAUCUAAUGGUGGUAGUAUAGUAGUCUAAAAAAAUAAACACACAACUUUAUUUUAACUAAAGUUUAAAACAAAAUUUGCUUGGUAUUGUGGGGUGUGGGAGAAUACAUUUUGAGAUGUCCUUUUGUCCCCAUCACGGUCUGAAAUGUGCAGGCUCCUUCUGUGGCGUACAUUCACUUGCUACGUUGUUCAGUCAAACACUCAUACUACCUGUGAUCGUAAGAAAAGGGUCCUUAAAAAAAGGAAACUUCUAUUCCUGGCUAUUGUGCAUGCGCUGCAAUUUGCCAUGCUGCAGCAUCUCAUAAAGAUGCAUUCAAUCAAUGCAUCUCUGUGGGGAUCGUUCAGUGCCUCCAUAAAGUGUGUUAAAGCGCUUAAUCUAGAUGCUACACCCUAUGCAGCACUGAACUAGGAAGCACCUCUGCUCGUAGGUGGUCUGGCCUGGCUAAUGUGAAUUUUAUGGAAAAUUCCUUGUGCAGUGUGUUAUAAAUUGUCUGAGAGUGGUCAGCGGAACUCACAAGCUAAUCACCAGACAUGGAGGGAAUUUCAGCACCUGCCCAGGUAAAAAGGCAAACUGUUACAGAACAGAUUGCUCCAUUACUGGGGAACUUAGGCAGGGUUCUGUAGUGGCUAUGAUGCUUGAAGUAAACCUUUAAAGCAGGCUUCCCUAAACUCCAGCCCUCCAGAUGCUACUGAACUACAACUCUCCUGAUUCUAUGAAUGAAAUGAGCUGAGAAUCAUGGGAGUUGUAGUUCAGCAACAUCUGGAGGGUCAGAGUUUGGGGAAGCCUGCUUUAAAGGAACCCUUUAGUGUUGGGAAUACAUUGUUGUAUUACCAACACCAAAAUGUCCCUCUGCUCCCACCCCCUGGUCCAUGAAAGGGGUUAAAAAAAACAACCUUUUCAGUCACUUACCUGAUUCCUGUGCUGAUGUCAGCCGAUUGGGGGGAGGGAAGGGUCCUAAUGCGAACGUGCAGCCAGAGCUGCGUCCACAUUAGGCCUUACCCAUGGGAAAGCACUGAAUCAAAGCUUGAGGACAUCGAGCAUAGUCUCAGUCAAACUCUGUGAAACUGUAGGAUGUGCUUCUAGUGGCAGUCUUAGCACUGCAAUGUAAACAUUGCAGUUUCUAAGGGAAACUGCACUCAGAUCACUUAAAUUAGAUGAAGCAGUCUGGUAUGUUUGGCAUUGGACACACUGUUAAUAGUUAAUUGGAAAGUAAUUGGGUGUCACAUUUGUAAUGUUUAGGGAAUCAUGAUAUUUUUUUUUUUUUUUUUUUUUAAUAGGCAAGUACGUGUGUGUGAUAUUCUAUUCUUUAACUAUACAUAUGUAUGUUCGAUGUGGUGAUGCUAACUUUACUGAAGCAGGUGCACGUAGUAUUGUCACCGUGUAUAGCCUGUAUUGGCAAAAUAUAGAUAAAAUUUUGGAAGGAUUUUUAAAUGUAAGCAAACUAAUAAAUUGGUGUCUCGUUUUGUUCUAAUCUGACACUUGAUCACUGAUCCUUAGGGUCAUUCCAAGAUUCGGCACAGUUUUGUCCUCAGUAAGAACCAUAUGAUUGGGCAAUAUCCCGCGCUUACAAAGACGUUUGUGGUGGACCAAACAAAAUUGGCAUUAAAGGGAUUCUCCAGUGUCUCCCCAUGUCGCUGAAGGAGUUGAAACCCCCUCCAGACACUUACCUGAAUCCAGCGCCGAUUUCCCUUGGUGCUGUCAGGCUCCGCCCAUGCUCCUCCCCCGCCGCUGUCUAUCAGCCACUAGACUAACUUCCGUGUUCUUAAGUGUUUUAACCCCCUUAAGGACCAAACUUCUGGAAUAAAAGGGAAUCAAGGACACAUGACAUAUGUGACGUGUCAUAAGGGGUUAAACGACGCUGGAUGUCCUCACGCUGUGAAUGAGGACCUCCAGCGUUGCCAGAAUCCCCAUAGAAAAGCAUUGAAUAAUGCUUUCCUAUAGAGAGGACUAAUAUCUGUGCGUGCGGCCAUUGCCGUGCAUGCGCAUUAGAUCUCCCGCACCGAUGUAAGGAGGAGCAUGGGCGGAGCCUGACCCAGCGCAGAGGGACAUCGGUGCUGGAUUCAGGUAAGUCACUGAAGGGAUUUUAACCCUUUCAGCGACAUGGGAUGGGGGGCGGGAGGAAGGUGGGCACUGCAGGGUCCUGUAGUGCCAGGAAAACAGAUUUGUUUUCCUGGCAUUGGGGUCCCUUUAACCCUGCAAGGUAAUUAUUGCAGUUUAUAAAGCUACAAUAAUUACACUUGCAGGAUUAAGGGUGAUUGGAGUUAGCACCCAGACCACUCCAAUGGGCAGAAGUGGUCUGGAUGCCUGUAGUGUCUCUUUAACUACAGAACACUGUCUGCUAUAGGUUAAAACUGCAAAUGCUGUGUUUUUUUUGUUUUGUUUUUUUUGUUUGUUUAAUGCAUUUUCAAACAUACUCUCAAAGACAACUGUCACCUCAACACUAUGUAUUAUAUUAUGUAUGUAAUACUUUCUUAAAAUUAAAUGAUGUAAUCUAAUUAGUAAAGCCUGUCACUUUACUAUUUGACAAGAUCCUUCAGCCAUAUACCUUGGGUUUGAAAACCAAUUUCCCUGCUUCUUUGCAGAGAGUGAAGCAGGGAAGGCACAGAUAACGUUUUUUUUUUUUUUAAAUAAAAUAAAGUAAGAAUUCAGAGUAUUAAGUGCCACUGUAACCAAACUUAGAGCAUAGCUGGUUAGAGUUGUGUUUAUUUUUAUUUUUUUUAAUUCCCAGUUCAGCUAUCUUGACAUUUUAAUUUGCAUUUCACUGUAAAUUCUAAUUUUAGUGACUAACCCUGCAACUGUCAAAACAUUCUCUCCCAAGGUUGAAGGAUUGUAUACUAAAGGUAGGGAGGUUUUGUCUGCUUGAACAUCAUGCUUUUUGUUAUGUUAGAAAAAGAGGUGGUCUUUGUUGGCUUCCCAUAUUCCAGAAUAUUUUUAAUCUUCACCUUUUUUAUCUUGCCAGAUAUUCCCAUUCUAUGGUCAUAAAGCACUAUAGAAUAUGUUGGUGCUAUGUAAUAAUAUUACUUUAUAUAUUUUUUUUUUCUUCUCUUGUGUAGGUGUGUUUUUUUUCCCAUGAGUUUAUUUUUGACUCUCAAACCAGCAAAUUGAUAACAGCACAGCACUUUUAAACUGGCAUUAAUUAUUGCCUCCUAGACCUGUACAUUGAGCAGGGUUAAAGGGACACUAUAGCCACCAGAACCACUGUAGCUCAAUAUAGUGGUUCUGGUGUCUGUGGCAUAUGCCUGCAGUGUUGGCACUAUAAACACUGCAUUUUAAGAGAGGCUAGUAACACCUCUAGUAGCAGUCACUCAGAUGGCCACUAGAGCUCCCUAUCUCAGUGGUGCGCGCUCUGCAUGGAGACUCUGAACUUUCUUCAUAGAGAUAAAUUGGUGCAGUGCAGCAUCUUUCCGCGCAGUAGCUUCAUGAAAAAACUAGAUUGGCUGAGAUAAUGAAGUUUGAUCUCCGCCAUGGAGGAAUAGCCAGCUAUGGUGAGGCAGAUGCAGUGUGGGAGGAAAGGUGAGUAAAAUCACUUUUACUGCAGGGAGGGCUGGACAUCUAAAGAGCAACUUCAGCACUGGUGUCAGGAAAAUGUUUGUAUUCCUGACACUAGUGUCCCUUUUAAAUUUGUUUGUUUACUAUAAUUUAUUUGCAUAACAAGUGUUUCCUAUUCAUCUACAAUGGAGUGGGAUCUGACUACUUACACAGGGCUUGUUAAAGUGUACUGUUUCCAUACCCAUUGCUUACAUUACUAGCAGCCGCCAUCUUGACUGGAUUUGCAUCAUAGUUUGACCCCAUUUAUAUAUGAAAAGCUUGUUAUACAGCAUUUGCUAGAAAAGUAAUGAAUAGGGUACAAUUUGAAAACAUAAGACAGUGUUAAUGAAGAAACCAAAACAUAAAUGUAUUUCCUCUUAAAUGAAGGGAAGUUGCAUUUUAACAAUCCAAAUGCCAAGCUCAAAAUAGAAAGAAUAGUGGUAACCGAAAAGGAACACAAAAAAGAAACUGCACACUUGUAUAUGUGGUGUAUGAGUGUAUGUAUAUUUUCCUUCAAAUAUCCUAUAGCACCCCCAGAAUCCAUGAAAACUGUCAAAAUACAGCAUUAAUUCGUAAAAAAAGUGGAUUCUAAUGCCUGUAAUGUGGACCAAAAAUAGUUCUCUAUGGUAUUUCAGUGGGUCCACACUGGUUGCAAGAGGCACGUCCUAUUUAUUCAAGCUUUAGGCACCAUGUCUGUAUUUGGAGCAAGUUCAUUACUGUGGUAUUGCUGUUUUUUUUUUUGUUUUUUUUUCCUGAACAGUGGAAACACUUCUUCUUGUUAAGAGUCAUCAAAGUACUCUUAUGUAUUGUAACAAAAAGCAAUGCAUAAUGAAGCUUACUUUACAUUUGAAGAAUUGAAUGGUCCUCCGAACUGCCAUCCACAUAAUCUGCAUACCUCCCAACAUUUCAUGUGGACAAAGAGUGACACUUUAAUUUAAGUGGUGUGAGUGGGGGUGUGGACAGAUGCUGGGCAGUUCUGAGAAAUUUUAGAUGACUUACGAAUAACAAAGUAUGCAAUUGAAAAUGUAAUUCAGAAUGGGGACUGUUUUUCGUAAACAUUUAUUGCAGCUUUAAGACACAUUAUUGUAUUAUUCCUUUGAAGCUCUGUUACACACUCAGAUGCCCCAACAAUAUGGAGCUCCUAAGAAAAAAAGGAUAUUGGGAUAGAAAAGUGGGAGAGGAGUUUGUGCCUAAAAUAGUCCUAUAUUGCGACAAUUGGGAAGUAUGAAUCUGGGUCGAUGCCCAAAAUAGUUAAGAAUCACUGCUCUUUAAUGUACAAAAAAAUAUGAACUUAUGUCUUUUCUUUCCUAAAGUUGUGCCAAGUCCAAUUGAGAGCAGAACAUAUUUCUAUAUUGAUCCUGUGACUGAAUAUACCAUCUAUAUCGUGUGCCAACUUUACAGGGGAAAUGCAGUGAGGUGAAUUGUUCUCUCUCGUCCUUUCUUCUCAUCUUAACACCUGUAACUCUUACUACCAAGGCACACUAAAACUCAUUGUGCCAGUGGGGUAGGCACAGAGGUGGCAUGACAUCUUUAGUACAUGGAAUUGUAUACACCUAACUUACAUUUUCAUUUUCCGGCUACACAAUAUAUUAGCUAGUCAGAUGUGCAGUCUUAUUUUAUAAGCAGCACAUGUCUGUCUGUCUCAUUUUCAGAGUGGAAAUGUUGGUUGGUUUUGUCAAAACCUUGUUCUUUUUGACCUAAAUAUGUUUAGUUACUACUUCCGUCUUUUAAUGAUUUCCCUUUACUUGUGAUAUUCAGUUGACCACAACAGUUAUUUUUACUGCCCCAAUAGUCAUGUGUACAGAGAAACUAAUUGUCUAUAUUAUUACCACCUCAUCAUGCAUAAAUUCCCCUAAACUAGCAGGUCGUUGCACAGCUGUAUAAACCUGUGAAUAGAUGCACCUUAUGUCUGAUCACUAAACUGUAAAUUGUCAUUAAUUAAAAUUUGGGGUCUGAAGAGGCAGAAUUGGAAAAAACCUUUCUGACGUAAACCGUAUUAUCAUUCUUGUUAUUUUGACGUCCAAUUUCAAAUUUUGAAGAGAAUUUUUUUUUUUGGCGUACUUCUAUGCAUAUCUUUUUUUAUUAAAGCACUAGAUAAAACAAACACCCCACGCAUCUUAACCAUUACAGGAUUUUGGUGCCAGGAUUGCACUGGUUUCAUCACAUGGUGAUAUGUAAAACUGUUUUUAGUAUAAUUUGACAACUUUUCUGGGUCCCACCAGGCACCCACAAGCCUCCUCUCUACAUCCAGUCUUCUCCAGCAGGAAAAUGUAGAUUCAAUAAUCGAUCUAUGCAGGGCAAUCCAAGUAAGUUGUCAUUGUACACAAUUCUUUAACAUCGUGCAGUGGUACUGCUGGCACCAUAGCCACUAGAAUGCGUUUGUAGUGCGUGGAGUGUUCCAUAUAAGAAAAACAUGGGCCAAACAUUAUUCCUUUAUAUGCAUACAGCUUUAUCAGCUGCAUCUAUCUGGAAAAAAGAUUGUUUUAUCAAAGUAUCUUAUCCACAUUACAUAGCAUAAAAUAAUCUUUGCUUUAGGUAUGUGUUAAAAAUGGCUUCUGAAAGUGGUUUUAUGCAUUAAAGUGAAAUGUAGAGAGAUAUAGGAGAGAGCCUUAAUUUUAGAUCGUCCAGUCUGCAUAAUCUGCUCUAGAACAAGCUUCAUUCAGAGCUGAAGACUUGAACAGAUUUGUUUUUAAACUGUUUAUAUGAAGUUGAACAUGUUCAGUGCACGUACAGACGAGACUGCAUUCCUUGACUCCGUAUGACUUGGUGUUGGAAUAAGAACAGAGCAUAGAUCGUCUUCCAUAGAUAGCUGACCAGUAUGAACUGUGCAGGCCAAAUUCCAAGAACUCUAAUGAAUGACUGUGAUUGUGAACUGUUGGACAGCUAAAAAAUGGAUUGUAGGCACCUCAUUUUUGGAUUGCCUUUUGCCUCAUUUCAUUAAAGACUUGCUUGUGCAGUGUUAAUUGAAGCUGAUAGAAAACAAUUCCAAUCAUGACCAUUUUGAACUAUUUACGUUGAUUUCCAUACCCGUGUUACUUUAAAAUGUCCUUGAGAUCCCUAGCUUUUGUCUCCAGUUCCCUUGAUGCUUGGCUGUGCUUCUGCCAUUUUGGUCAUUGCUGAUGUACACUUUUAAGCUUUAAUGUUACAUUAGCUUUUGGCUUAUUUUGUAAGAGAGCAUUGUGAUUUAAAUACAAACGUGCAAGCUUCUACAAGUGUUAGUGGUCUAUACUUAGACUCAAGUCUAAGUAUAGCUGCCUGGUGCCAUUAAUACAACUCUCAGAUUAGACCCUCUGACGACGACAGUCCUAAACCAAAAUGUUUACCCCCCCCCACUCACCAGAUACACCGUAAUAUCAGACCUUGUUCUAGUCUGGACUACUCUGUACUGAGACCUUGAGAACCUGCACAUAAAUCAAAACAGUGUGCAGAAAUCAG